AUGACGUCUACUCGAUAUAGCUUUGUCCUCAGUGGAGAUGAGAAAACGAUUAUGCCGAGAAAUAGUAAGAAGCCUACUCGCGUUUUUCACAUGAAAAACGAGGUUAGGCGCAGGCCUGCGACCGCCCGUAACAAUCUAAAGGGGUGCCGAUGCCGGCCCACUAGCGGCUGGGGACGCGCUCCCCGAGCGCCCUGCGCGACGGCUGUGGCUGGACGGCGAGGCCCACGGCAGGACCCGCACCCACUCCCGACCUCCCGGUCUCAGGCCAGAAGGCCGCCUCCGGGACACGGCGCAGCCCUGGGCUCCUGUGGGGCCGGCGGGAGUCCGAGCGCAUGGCCGGCCGCCUCUACCACGCACCUGCCUCGGAUACCGCGCACAGCCCUCGGCCCCGACCCCGCAGAUGUCCCUGACCAGUGGAUGUCGCACGAUUCUCGGCGGCCGGGCCUCCUACCUGAACGUCGUCUCCAGACUCCUCCACCGGAAAGAGAGAGACGGAAGGGGAGGGCAGACGGGUCACUUCCGCGUCCCGGAAGUGGCUUUGUUUGCUCGGGGUCAUCGCCUCCGGGACACUGGCCGGGGCGCACCGCCCUCGCGGGUCCCGCGUCUGACACCCCUCGGGCCCGGGCCCCCGCCCCCUACCCGCUCCGAGACCGGGGUCAAAGGCAGCCCGAGUCACGUGGUCGCCGAGCAGCACCGAAUCGGCCGGGAGAGCCGAGGGAGAAUCCGGGUGGAAGCGAGAAAUCCAGCCCGGCUCGCAGCUCGCGGCGCCCGGUCCCGCCCCGGCGCCUGCCGGGCCCCCGCAGCGUGCGCGCCCCGCGCCACCAGAUCGAGCCCCGCGCACGGCCAGGCGGGGGAGGUAGGCGCGGGUCGAGGGAGGCGGGCGGCCCGGCGGCCCUGUGCGCGCUCCCCACGGGCGGGUGUGCGGGCGCGGGCGCAGCGCGGCCAGCAAGGGGUUAA